CCUCCUGUGUAGUUUCCCAGUUUCACUUUCACAAACUGGUUCUGUAUUUCUGGAAUACAGCAGAGGGCGGGUCCCACCAUACAGACAGGGGCACUGCACAUAUAAACGUUUUUCUGUCUUUCAUAUUCUAAGGUCCUUCCACUGAUUCCUCUAGGUGAGAAAUCCAAUACUGUCCUGCUGAGCUAGCACUCCGGGGACAACUAUUCUGAGGACUAUUACGAACCCAAUCAUUCUUAGCUGCCUUUGUCUUGAAGUCCCUGCUGGAAGAUGACGUUUUUGCAACUCUAUCUGCUAUUGUUUCUGAGCUGCAUCCAAAAGGGGACUGUGCUUGCAUGUCAGGACACGGAGUACGUGAAAGAUGGGAAGUGUUGCAGUCUGUGUCCUCCAGGAAAAAGAAUGUCUCAGGAAUGUGAUGCAGACUCAGGUACUGUUUGUGAAUUCUGCAGAACUGGAGAGUUCCAAGACAAAUGGAAUAAAGAGACCACUUGCCACCAACAUGCCUACUGUGACACAAAUGCUGGGAAGGAGCAGGUGACUAAGGGCACUAAUGAAAGGGAUACUGAGUGUCAAUGUCAGUAUGGUAGACAUUGCUCUGACCCGACGUGUGAGAUUUGUAUACAGAGUAAACAUUGUAGCCCUGGAUAUGGAGUCACGCAUAUAGCAACAAGCAUUUCUGACACACAAUGUUCUGCGUGUGCAGAGGGGUCAUUCUCAAAUACCACAUCAUUUGAAGAUCCAUGCAUUGGAUGGAAAAUUUGUGGAAAUGAAGAAGAAGAACUAUUCCCUGGAAACAGUACCAGUGACAAAGUUUGUAGGAUGAAGUCACAUAGGAACCACAUUAUGAUUAUUGUCAUCUGUCUGAUAUUUGUAGCUCUGAUAACAGCUGUAUGCUGCUACUGUGUUAUAAAGAAAUGUGGGAUUUUCCAGAGGAAGAAGGAAGAGCAACAGGUACCACAGAUGAAUGGCCAUAAGCUGGUUCCCAUAGAGAGCAAUGAUCCUGAAGCUGGCUCUAUGGAAUAUCGCUACUCUUUGUCAGACACCACCGCACAAGGACAUCCAGUGGCUCAGGAAGAGGGAAAGGACAGCCACAUGUCACAAGAAGAGCGAUAGCAAUUGCUGUAUGAACCUUUUAUAUGAAUAGACUUUCCAGGAUCUGCCGCGUAUUAUGGCUACACGUCGUACCUGAUAUAUUAGGUGUUUUGUUGCAGUGAGCCAAGGCAGACAGCUUUCCACUUGCCUCAAUUUGUGGGUUGCUGCUGUUCAAUUUGAUGGAUCCACAUGAAACACUCAUUUUGGUAAAUAAUAUAUUAGUCAAGACCUAACUCAAGACACAAGAAUAUAACUAAGGACUCGCCUGGAUGUUUGGCCUUGCUAAUAAGGAUGAUAGAAGCUCGCACAGUCAUAUUCCGUUCCUUUCAUUGCCUCAUUUUAUCUGCAAAACUAUCAGUUGUGUUAAUAAUUUCAAAAGCGGAGAGAGAGAGAGACCACUCUGCCAGAUAUAUACAGAGACAGAGAGCAAUCGUUAAAUGUCUUUAGCCCUCUUCUUAAAGCAGUCCAUGAAUAACUGGCUCAGAAGCCGUUGUGAUCAAUAAGAAGACAAUGGCAUGAUGCAUGGCUGGCUGCAUUGUACAAGGACCUAUGAUCCCUUUUAAAUAUGCAAAAGCUUUAGCAGCCUAGUCUUGAUUUGGAAUCCUAAUGAGAUUGAUAAAUGUUAGAGUUAAGAACUACCCUGAUGUAUUUGUACUUACUGCAAAAUGCUAUUCUGUAUGCAGAUCACCCACUUCGGUGUUACCUAUUCAAUCCCAUUAUUUCUUUUCUACACAUCCAGUGUUGCUGUACUUGCUAAUAGGGAUAAGCCUUUAUUGUUAAUUGGACAAGGGUGUAGCAUUGUAUUGCAUUUACAUAUUGACCAGGUGAUCUCAAAUAUAAGGCAUCAUGCAAUUGCCUAGAAAUACAAAGGUUAUUGGUCUACCUUUUGUUGGCCAUAUUUAUUGGACAUAAAGGAUUUCUGUAGUUCAAUUCUAAACACUAAGUCCUAUUUUAACGGAAUGUAAUUCUCUGGGAUUAUCUAAGACUACAAAUAGAUGUAUUUAUUUGUAGACUGAGGAAGAACGUAGCCAGGUCUUGCUCUGGUGUCAAUUACUAUGUUACAGUAGCUCCACUUUCAUUGUUCUUGGUCACAAAAAACUCAUGUAGGGUACUAACAAAAACUCAUAUAGGGUACUAAACACUUUUCCAUAUGUAGGAAAUGCCCUCCUGCAAAAAAGCCCAGAGAGGGAAGAGCAGACUGAUUGAGUCCAACCUGAGACUGAUUAACUCUGUAAUAUGUUGUCUCAACCAUUGGCUUCUACAGCAACGUAGUAUCAUGUUUUUGCAAAAGCUAAAGUUCAGCUCAUAAUGGUAGCUAGGGUAUGUCCCUCAAAGGAGCUGCACAUCUUAGGCCCAAGUGGGCUCAUGUAAAUUGUAUAAUUUCAGGAUUCAAUAAAUAGUAUGCAGAAUUAGAGCUGAGAGAAGUAGCCCCAUCUCUCUAUUACGGGGUACGUUGGAGAACAGCCCUGUACUUGAGAAGACUGCCUGCUAUACUUUCUUGCACUAGUGUAAAAUAGAGGUGAAUUUUUGCAGAACUGACCUACUGUAUUAAGCCCAAUGUGCUCAUUAUGUUCCAUGUCAAACAGAUCUUACAACCAAAAUGAAGGCAGGGCUGUCAGUAUAAACGAGAGAGAAUAAAAAUAAUGGUAGAUUUGCCGCUGCACAGGCCCAGCUUAAUCAGAAAACCAUACUUAGCCACCUGAAGUAAUGCGUGUCCUCCUUGAUGGAGCCAGACAUUUCACAGAAGAAGAAAUAUUUGCCCAUUACAUUUAUUUCUCGGCCACUGAUCCAGACAACUGGGAAUUCCAUAAAUCACCGUAACCGCCCGUUGUGGAAACAGUAAUGUUUCAUCGUUGCUUCGUUUCACACCAAAUGCAGUACGGUCAGUUUCAAGGCUUACUCUGAGUUAAGGAUUCAUAGGCCCAAAGUAACAAAGCUUGCUCUAUUUUUCCCAUAAAAAACAAUUUAUUGCAUAAGGUGCCAGAGUUCAGAUCUAUCUGAUCUAUUUGAUUCCAGCUUAUCACUGCUUAAGUACUAAAACUAGUGUAUUCUAAAUAUUUAGCUGCUGCCCACUCUGCACAGUGAACCCUAAAAACGUACACAACAUGGUUACCACCACACAGGUCUGGACUGAGAGUCAAAAUAGGCCCUGGCAUUUCAGGUACACAGAGGCCCAAUCAGCCCACACAGAGGCCCAAACAACCCUCACCAGCCCACUAAAUACUGACUUUCUAUGGAAUCUUAUAGCAGCCCCUCUGGCAUUUGCCAGAACCCACAGAUUGCCAGUCCGGGCCUGCCACCACACAUUGAACCAUAAAACCCUACACAACUAAGCAUGGCUAAUACGACACCGCAAAACCUAAAACCCUACCUAACUCAGCAUGGUUACCAUGACACAGUGAACCCUAAAGUCCUGCAAAAUUCAGCAUGGCUUCCACAAAGUAACACAUUUAUACAAACUGAUUCUGAAACAAAAUACAUUACACGAUAAGUACAUUUUUUUAAAUGUCUAUUAUAUGACCCACAUUAGUAAGACAUCUGCUGGCAACAUAUCAACGCAGAACCAAGGGCAAUAGUUUGAAAGUCUUUCUUUUGCUGCUUUUCUGGGAAGGCUUUCCACUAAAUGUUGGAACAGUGUUGGUCGGAUUGCCUUGAGCCACAAGAGAGAGAUGACACUUUAGACUAUUGCAGCUGACAUUGUGUCUGGUGGGGUUAACCCUGGGGGCAGCUGCUCAUCCAUGAGCCUAAUUUGUUCAAUUCUUAACUAAUUGGAGCAAUAGUCCGGAACUCAGCACUGAAUAUUCCAAGGGAAUAAACCAAUGAUGUUAACACUGUUUAUUCUUGGUGUCUGGAGAACUGUGGCUUGCAUCACAUAAGAAAUACGUAUUCAUGAGGGAACUGCCAGAUAUUACAUACUUAAGAUUAUCACUUGGCCGGUAUUUCAAAGGCCAGUCACCAGUGUUACUAAUUUACCAACAAUGUGCUUGCCAGUAAAUUAAUAAACCCCAGUCAUUGCACCCAUGACCCACCUUUGAUCCUCCCCAAUCCCCCUUCCAUUACUCCGAUUCUAUAACACCAGCAAGACCCUCUACAUUAUCAUUGCCUGCACACGCUAGCAGAUCUGGCAGCAUAGGUGCAGGAGAUCAUUUGGCUAAUCUGGUGCUACUCCUGACAGCAUUGUUAGGGCAACUCUGGCUCACUUGAGUUUCUUGAAGGAAAAUGAGAUAAGAAGGUCUGUGGCAAAUGAAAAGUGAUGGCAAUGGGUGCACCUUCCUCCUUAAACUAAAACUUGCCAUCUUGUUGCCAUCUCCCACGCUCUGAUAAUGCUCUUCUUUUAUCCUCAGGAUGAUGGCAGAGAUAUUGCUCAGCACAGAGUACAAUGAGAAAUAUGUCCAGCAAAUGCUUUCUUUUGUUCCUCUUCUGGAAGAGUGGGGAGUUUGGAUAUUGUUUUUGUGUUGGGGUGGUAUAAAGGCCAUAUGGACAAAAACAAGACUUUGCAAGUUUGGCCUUGUGAAUUGGUGGUUUGGUGGAGGGUUUUUGGACUGUUGCCUAUGGACAGAGGGAUGGACUCUACGAGCAGGAGGGUGUAUGGGUGCGUUUUGUUGCAUUGCUGAUUUGCUGAUAUUAUGUUAUGUUUGAAAUUAAUGUAAGUGUAUUUUUAUAAUAAAAAUCUCUAUAACACCA